AUGGUUACGACAAGGAGCAUGAAAAGCGGACAAAAGUCGGCGUCGCCACAGGGGAGCAAUGGCGAGCAAAACCCGGAGCCAGCCAAGCGCGCUGCUGUUCCCAAGGAGAAGAAGCAGCCCGUGCCAGCAGUGGCCGUCGAGGACACGAACGCACAGCACAAGCCACAGCUGCGUACGUACAGAGGCAAUUGCCACUGCAAAGCCUUUGUGUACGAGGUGGAGCUCCCGGAGAUCAAGUCUGCCUUCGAAUGCAAUUGCAGCAUCUGCCACAAAAAGGGCUACCUCUGGGUCUUCCCCGGCGAUGGCAGGUUUGAGAUUGUCAAGGGCACCGACGAUACCCUUGCGCGGUACACCUUCGGACCGGAGAAGCUUACGCAUAGGUUCUGCCCGACUUGUGCCACCCCGGUCAUGGGGGAGUUUGUCGAGGGGAACAAGCGCGCUCUAAACGUCCGAGCCAUACAGGGUGUCAACACCUGGGCCCUGGAGAAGCAGCCCUACGACGGCGCCGCCCUAGGUGAAAAGUAUGUGCCUCCGGAGCACAAGGGGCCCCUUCCUCCGGCAAUCGACGGCCACAAGCUGUACACGGGCUCGUGCCAUUGCGGGGCCGUGACCUUGGCCUUCAUGAGCAAGCCUCUCGACGAAACGUUUACCGACCUCACGGCCGAGUGCAAUUGCAGCAUUUGCGGACGGAACGGCUAUCGAUGGACCUACCCGAGCAACAAGCGUGUUGUCCUGUUCGCCAGCGAUCCCGCCAACCUCGGGCGCUACAGCUUCGCGCGCCACGUCCUCAACAAGACCUUUUGCAGGAUUUGCGGCGUAUGCAUGACAAACGAGUACAGCGACCUGAGCGAGGAGGAGCGCAAGGCGCUGGGGGCGCUGCCGGCCCGCGGGUUCGCCAAGAGCAUGAAAACGCAGCACCCGCUAAACCUGCGAGUCUUCCCCGAUGUGGACUUGGCCAGGUUGAGGGCGCCCAAGCUGAACGACGGGGCCAAGAUUAUUUCGCCGCGGUACGUGAAUCCGUAG